AUGACGCCUCGCCGCUCCUCCCGUGCCCGCACCUCCCAGCCGUCCCCGGCCCUCCUCCAACACACAAACUCGUCGAGUUCCUCGAAUUCAUUGACUCGCGAGCGAAGUACUCGCUCGAAUCACAAGAUUUCUUCUCCUCAGAGAUCCUCGACCCACCGGUCCCAGUCCAUCGACGAUGCCGACGCGGCCUCGAAGAACGACCUCCCACACACCCGCCAGCGCCAGCGCACUCGAGGGGACGAUGACAAUGACGGACUGGGCAACGGAGAGGAGGAAGAUCCUGAGGAUGAGGAAGAGGACGAAGAGGAAGAGGUGACCCGGUGUCUCUGUGGCCAGCAGGACUACCCUGGUCUUCCCCCUUCUCGGCGGGAGGCUCUCGGUCGCAAUGGGGUCCAUCCCAGAAUCAAGGAUGAGUCCGCCAUGAACUUAUCCGCAGACUCGUCGGACUUGAUGUCCGAUGACAUCGGCAGUAUGUUUAUCCAAUGUGAUAAAUGCAAAGUGUGGCAGCAUGGUGGCUGCGUGGGCAUCAUGGAUGAGGCGAUGAGCCCCGACGAGUAUUUCUGUGAAGAGUGCCGCAAGGAUCUUCAUAGAAUUCGAAAUGAACCAAAUGGUCAACACUCCUCCCAGUAUCUCCCAGUUGCUCCCCCCUCCGCAGCCUCCUCCCGCGCAUCGUCCCAAGAUGACUCCAAACGUGCGAAAGACACAAAAUCUCGUCCGGCCGAUUCCCUCUCCAACCCGAAACGCCGGUCGACCAUGAAUAGUCGCGAUGCCGCUUAUGACGAAGAAGAACAGCUUCGUCGGGCCAUCGAGGAAAGUAAGGAGGACACAAAAUCUAUCGGGGACGAUAUUGCAAUGCGGAGAGGCAAGCGAAGUCGAAGCGAUAGCGAAGCCAAUAAGCAAGCGACCAAACGACAACGCACAAGUUCUCCAUCCCCCGGGGCCAUAUCGAAACAAAGCAACCCUCCAUCUCAGCCAGCAUCGGAAGAUGAGGAAAAGACGAAAGCUCCUACCAACGGUGCGCGGAGGCAGCGGGCUGCAUCGCGUAGUCAGCGCGAUAAGGAUGCCAAGGAGCCUGAAGAGCCCGAGGGUGAACAAUCCGAGGCCAAUCGAAAGAAGGGGAAGAAUGAUAAGCGGAAAGGGGAUGACCCCGAGUCUGGUCAUGAGGCAGAGUCACCGGUCAAGCCCGCUACAACAGAACCGGAACCCUCUCAACCAAGCCCCGACACGCCUGCGCCUGCCCAGGAGGCUCCGCCAUCUCGUCCGUCCACGCGCAAAUCUGGUCGGCCGCCUGCGCGUCGCGGUGGCCGGGUCGGACGCAACCAAUACACGCGGGACCGGGACUCCCAUACAAAUGGCGGGGAGUACAACAUGGCCAAUUCGCCGCGUCGAGGGCAGUCGCAUGAUACUGGUGGGGACUCUCCGAGGAUCGGCGGUCCCAAUGGCGCACAUAUCAACGGGGGUGAUACCGGGAAACCCAGUCGGCCGCGUUACGUGAACCAGCGGACCACGAUGAACGAGAUGAAGCGACGGGUCGCGGGAAUUCUGGAAUUUAUAUCCAGGAUGCAGGUCGAGAUGGCGGUUGCGGGUGAAAGCUCCACGAGCCCCCCGAACGGGGAUCAGCCAAACGGCAUCCCGAUGAAAGUCGUGAACGAACUGCUAGAGGUUAAUGCGCCAUCAACGACCAGUGAGGCAGAAUCCGGUGCCACGGCCACGGAUGGUGAAACUGGUGGUGCGGUGCAACCACCCUCAACUGAAAAGGACUUUAAAGACCUGAGCAGUGUUGAGAUGAUGGACGUGCUGACGCGUCAUCUCCUCAAAUGGCAACAGGAGUAUGGUAAAUUUGGUGAGAGGUGA